AUGUCGCAAAAACAUAAGUCGACAAACACAUCCUCGAAAGAUGCGGCAUCUUAUCAGAAAUCUAAACAAAGGAACUCUCGUAACGACAAGUACGUCCAUCAGAUAGGGGAAGAACACCAGGGGGCGCAUAACUAUGCCAUUAACUCCGAACAAGGAAGGACGUCGGGAAAUACGUGGACUCAAAAUUCGGGUUACGAUCACUCUGUCUUCUGCGAGUUUCACCAGACGCGAACACACUCGACCGUGAACUGCAAAGUGCUCUGCGAGAGGCUCGCCGCAAAAUUACUCGCAGGAGAAAUCUCUGAAGUCACCGGUAUCAAGGAUCUCAUCCGUGAUUCCGAUCACCCACCAAGGACUGAUAGAACCCCAAAGAAUCCUUCUCAAGGGAUUCAGUCGGGUGAGAAACGCAUGAGAAGACAUGAAGACAAAGGAAACGACAGUAAUCGUCGCAGACUAAAAGCUGAAACAAGUGUAAACUGGCUGCCCGCGUCUCCGCCCCACGACGUGCCACACGACGCAAUCACCUUAGAGGAUGAAGAGACCAGUGGAAUUGACCACCCUUAUUGCGACCCGCUUAUUGAUCUCAUAAUCAGAGAUCUCGAAGUCGCAAGGAUCCUAGUGGAUACAGGAAGUACAAGUAAACAUGAUCAUCAGUGGAUCGCAUCAUCCAUCAAGGCUUACCAGCAAAAAGCUGAAACAAGCGUAAAUUGGCUGCCCGCGUCUCCGCCCCACGACGUGCCACACGACGCGAUCACCGUCGAGGAGGAAGAGACCAGUGGAAUCGACCAGCCUUAUUGCGACCCGCUCAUUAUUGAUCUCAUAAUCAAAGAUCUCGAAAUCGCAAGGAUCCUAUUGGAUACGGGAAGCACAGUCAACGUUAUCUUCCGUGACACUCUCAAUAGGAUGAAUAUUGAACUUGGCGAAGUCGUACAAACACCGAAACCGCUGAUUGGUUUCUCGGGUAUAACGUCAAUGACGCUUGGAUCGAUUAAGCUUUCGGUGAUGGCGAAAGAAGUCAUGAAAAUCGUCCACUUCACAGUCGUCGACCACCCAACCAUCUACAACGUUAUCAUGGGAACACCUAAGAUAAACUCCAUGAAGACAAUUCCGUUGACAUUCCACUUAGGCAUCAAAUUUCCGACUCCUAACGGAAUGGUAGUAUUUUGGGGAUGCAACAAAUAG